UUUUAAAUUUUAAAAAAUGAUGCAAGAACAUAAAUCAUUUCUUAUAAGAGAUCUUUUGGGUGACGUACUUGCAGAACGUGUCCAAGAUGAUUCAGAAGACGACUCGGCGCUUCACUCAGACUCCGAAGAUACGAUAGAUCCUGGAAGCAGCCCCUGCACAAGACUGAGCAGUCCGAAUCCAUUGCUAUCACCGUCGCCGGAUCCGCCAGUUAACUCAAUAAAAUCUUGCGGCGGACCUACGUCGGGUGGCACUCAAUCAGGACGAAAACCUCGUAGAAGACGUACGGCAUUCACUCACGCACAAUUGGCUUAUCUUGAACGUAAAUUUCGCUGUCAGAAGUAUCUGAGUGUUGCUGAUCGUAGUGAUGUAGCUGAUGCUUUGUCGUUGUCUGAAACUCAAGUUAAAACAUGGUAUCAAAAUAGAAGAACAAAGUGGAAGCGCCAAAAUCAACUAAGACUUGAGCAAUUACGGCACCAAGCGACGGUAGAAAAAGAACUUCUCGUACGCGGAGUUGGACUCCAUCAUGGUAGCAUUGACGCUUAUUGUCCGCCGUACUCACAAACCGGAAAUUCACCACAUCCACAGCCACCUCCUCCACCACCAGCACCUUCUUCAGCGUCAACCGCAGCCUUUUUGUCCACCGCCGCCGCACUUUUUCGCAACGUCACAUACGUACACGGAUGUCCACUUUAACAUCCAUCGACUUCCAUUGACUAUCAAUCAUGGAAUUAACAAUCACAACUUUCUGUAAAUAUGUAAUUAUCAUAUUAAUUAAUACAAUUAUUAGAUCUAUUAAUAUAAUAUUAUUUAUCAUCAUCAUAAUUAUUAUUAUUAUUUAAAUACAUACCAUGUGGUGUGUUUGUGCAAUUUUAUUUAAAAACUUUAUUUUUAAAAUCCAAAAAAAUAUCUAAGACUUGAAAUAAUAAAAAAAUUUAAUUAUUAUUAGU